AUGGUGCUGGUGGUUGCAGCGGCGGCUAGUGGCGGUAGCGGCGAUGGUGGUAGUGUUGGUGAUAAUAGUGUCAUUAGUGGUGGUGGUGGUGGUGACAGUGGCGGUAGGUGGCGGCAGUGGCGAUGGUGGUGGGUGGUGGUCAUGGCGGUGGUAGUGGUGGUCGAUGACAGUGGCAGCAACGGUGACGAUGUUAGUGGUUGUGGCGACAGCGGUGGUGGUGGUCGGUGGGGUGGCCGCGGUGGUGGUGAUGGUGGCGGUGGUGGUAGUGGUGGUGGGUUUUCUGAUAAGUACAAAGGUAUGGUGUUCACAAUAGGAUCUGGUUGUGGAGCUGGUGGCUAG